UAGAUUCAUGUCUAUGAAUCAAUUCAUUCGACAAGGUGUGAUGUGAGUAGUGCGACCAUUCAAAGAAACCUACAAUAGUUUGCAAUGAGGUAGCACCGGUUACUUAAAAAUAACGAAACAACAUCUGAGUAAUAUGCCUUAACUUUUUUGUGUUAGAAGAAAAAAAUAUUAUCCGCGGGAAUGCCGAACAUAAAUGCAAUUGCUGUCUCUAAUGACGACUAUGAAGUUAUCGGUGAAACCCAGUGGCAGGUUCUUGAGGACUGUGGCGAUGAACAGACCAUCAAAAUCUAUGGUUACAAAUAUUCAAGAUGCCGCGCCAUUUUAUUUCACACCAUAUGCAUAUUACUAUGCGGGAUACCAUACUUUGCGUUGGCUUAUUAUCCAGCCUACAACAGAUUCAAAUACGUAAACUGCAGUUUGAAAUUGGCCGAACAGAUCUGUGUUACCGAUGCGGAAAGGCUUUACAAGAUAGAAGACGUGCAAGACAUCGACCUGAAUCUAUCCAACCACCGAGACAACAAAUUGCGUUAUUUCGUUUACAAACAUAACCGCUUUAUCUGGCUCAAUGACCAAGGGACUUUCAUCAACGUACUGGCUCUCAAUGAAAAACUUACUAUCCAAAUACUGAUGGAAAAUACGUCUGGAAUAAAUAAACGCCAACAAAACGAACUGAUCAAGCUGUAUGGACCUAACUCUGUGGAAGUGGAAGUCAAGAGUUACUGGACCCUGUUCGUGAAUGAAGUCUUCAAUCCGUUUUAUCUGUUCCAAGUGUUCUCGAUUAUCCUCUGGUCGUUGGAUGAAUAUUAUCAGUAUGCGGCGUGCGUCUUUCUUCUGUCCAUUGCUUCUUGCAUCCUGGCACUAUAUCAGACCAAAAAGAUGAGCGUAAAUCUGCACAAGAUGGCCGGUUCGACUAGUACGUUUACGGUGACGGUACUGCGUCCUACCCGCAUGGCGCGCGAGGUAUGCGUAGUCAACGCUAGUAGACUGGUCCCGGGCGACGUGCUCGUGCUGCCACCUGACGGCUGCGUCAUGCCCUGCGAUGCCAUGAUCCUUACCGGCACCUGCAUUGUGGAUGAGAGCAUGCUUACCGGCGAAAGUGUACCAGUGAUGAAAGGCCCCCCUUGUCCAUCUGCGGAAAUAUAUUCUACUGAGGGCCACAAACGCCAUACUUUGUUUGCCGGAACUCAUGUUUUGCAGACGCGAUUUUACGGCAAUAAUCAGGUCCUAGCUAAAGUUGUACGCACCGGUUUCUAUACAGCCAAAGGAGAGCUGCUCAAAAGCAUUCUGUUUCCCAAACCGUUUGGCUUUCAAUUCUACAAAGAUGCCGUCAAGUUUGUCGUAUUCAUGUUCUGCAUUGCCGCGAUUGGAAUGUGUUAUUCGAUUUGGCUUUAUGUUGAAAGAGGGAGUCUUUGGGGCACAAUAGUUCUACGCACACUGGAUAUCAUUACCAUUGUAGUUCCGCCCGCUUUGCCCGCCGCCAUGACAGCUGGUAUCGUAUACAGCCAACAGCGCUUACGUAGAAACAGAAUCUUCUGUGUAUCACCACCCCGGAUCAUUAUAUGUGGAAAAUUGCAAGUUAUGUGCUUUGAUAAGACCGGUACCUUGACCGAAGAUGGGCUGGAUUUCUACGCUGUGAUCCCCGUCCGCGCGGGCGAGAAGUUCGGCCAGUGCGUGGUCGAAGUGGCCGGCCUGCCCGUCACCAGCCCACUUGUACAAGCGCUCGCUUCCUGCCACUCGCUCACCAGCAUUCAGGGACAGUUGAAAGGAGACCCGCUGGACUUGAAGAUGUUUGAAUUCACACAAUGGGUACUUGAAGAACCUGGACCGGAAAACACCCGAUAUGAUAACCUGACGCCUGCCAUUGUAAAGCCCGUGACUGCGCAUAGCGAGACCCUUCAGAAUAUGGAUGAUUAUGAUCCCUUCACAAUGGAGAUUCCAUAUGAAAUCGGUCUAUUGCGGCGUUUCCAUUUCUCGUCGGCGCAACAAUCGAUGGGUGUAAUCGCCAGAGUGCUCGGACAACCACAAAUGGUUUACUUUGUAAAAGGCGCCCCCGAAAAGGUUGCGGGAAUGUGCAAUCCAGAUACUCUUCCUGAGAAUUUCAGUUCCAUUCUCAAUGAAUACACAUCCAACGGCUUCCGCGUGAUCGGUCUCGCUCAUAAGAAACUCGAUCGCAAGAUGAAGUGGGUCGACGCUCAGAGGAUCAAGCGAGAGAAUCUCGAGUGCGACAUGGUUUUUCUAGGCUUUCUAGUCAUGCAAAAUAGCCUGAAACCAGAAACGACCCAAGUGAUUAAAGAACUUCAUGAGGCUAAUAUGAGACUGAUCAUGGUUACGGGGGACAAUAUAAUGACAGCCAUGUCGGUAGCCCGAGGAUGUUUCAUGGUGCAGCCACAUCAAAAACUCGUACUUAUCACCACUGGACAGUCGCAAAAUAAUGAUUCCCGACCGCCUUUGUUAAUGGAAGUUGUUGGUGAAGGUGGUCCGCCUAAGUUGUCGAUUGAAGCGUAUGUAUUGGCAUUGGAGGGCAAAACCUGGGCUGCGAUCCGUACUCAUUAUCCUGAAUUGAUGCCCGCUGUACUCAGUCGUGGUAUGGUCUUUGGUCGUUUCGGUCCUGAUCAGAAGACCCAAUUGAUAACUGCAUUGCAAAACGAGGAUCAAAUCGUGGGAAUGUGUGGUGAUGGAGCUAAUGACUGCGGAGCGCUGAAAGCUGCUCAUGUUGGCAUAUCACUUUCUGAGGCCGACGCGUCAGUUGCGGCUCCCUUCACUUCUCAAGAACAGAACAUUCGUUGCGUAAAACUUCUCGCUUUGGAAGGACGUUGUGCACUGAGUACCUCUUUCGCUAUCUUUAAAUACAUGGCUCUUUAUUCGCUGAUCCAGUUUUUCUCCAUCCUGAUUCUAUACAACUUCUACUCGAUCCUGGGCAACAACCAGUUCCUGUACAUCGACCUGGUGCUGACGACGCUGCUGGCGCUGUCGCUGGGCCGCGCGGCGCCGGGCCCGCUGCUGACGCGCCAGUCGCCGCCCGUGUCGCUCGUGGCCCUCUCCAGCAUCCUGCCGCUCAUCAUGCAGGUCGCUCUCGUCUUGCUCAUGCAGAUUGCCUCCGUUUAUCUGCUCUAUGCACAACCCUGGUUUAAGCCAGUCGAAGGUGGACCUAAUGUGGAACAAGUGCUUUGCUGGGAGAAUACAGUCAUCUUCAUUGUCACAUCAUUCCAAUAUUUAAUAAUGGCCUGUGUGUAUGCAAAAGGCUGGCCCUUCCGUCAACCAUUCUGUGCCAAUUAUUAUAUUAUGAUAACGUUAGUGACUCAAUCUGUGUUUGUGGUGAUUCUCCUGCUGUGCCCUUGGGAUUGGCUUGCUGAGUUCAUGGAGGUGCAGCCCAUGGCUGCCAAUGACUCCGAACAGACCAUGUUCCGCAUCUACCUGCUGCUGAUACCCGCCAUUCACUUCAUCCUGGCUAUAGCUAUAGAGGCAACCCUGUCGGACCCGGAGAAGUUCACCCGCCUGGUGCGCGUGGUCCGGCGCCGCUGCGGCCAGAAGGGCGCGGCGGCGGGCGAGGCGGCGCGCCCGCUGUGGCCGCACGACGCGCUCGCGUGCUGACGCGCCCCGCGCAGGUCAGUCACAAGGGACGCCCGCCUCUUCUUCUCUUACGACCUCCAUAUAUUUAUUUUCCUCCCGGAUAAACUUACCUGACAUUCGUUCAGUUGGCUGUUACUUAAUUUUUAAGACCAUAUCUAGUAAAAUAUACUAUUGCCGUACAGUAUCGGGCUGUGACGUCUUAGGUAGGUUGAGCUAAACUCGCACGUGUUGGAUGGUCAAUUGUUUUAGAUAUUGAUGUAAAAAAGCAAUUUAUCUUCUAACAGUGAUAUCAAUUUAUAAAGCCAACAAUAUAAAUCGUCCCAAACAUCUUGUAUGGGUGCAAUUUUAGUUCAACCUUAAUACUUAUCGUGAUAUCUUGAUGCUCUAGUAUCAAGAUCUUCUCGACGUUUGCUGUGAUAAAGGGAUGCCCGGUUAUUUGCACCAAAUAUACAAGCUUGCAAACAUUGACCCAUUCAACACGUUUUCGUUUUAAGCCACAGUAAUAUCCCAAAAUAUUGUGAUAGCUGAAAUCGAAAACAGUUUAAUAUGUAUAAACCGAUGUAAACAUCGCAGAUUUGCGAUAUUUAUUGAACCCCAACUCUCCAUCAUGGUUCGACUGACUGAGCACUAUUACGCUCCAAAAACCAUAAUGAGAAUGAAUUCGGUUCUAAUAUCGCAUUUCUCCGUUUGUUUUCUCUUGCCCUUUCUCUCAGUAAAUACUAUAUUAUAAACAGAUAGCUACCGAAACGUGCGAUUUGGGCCAAUAUAUUUGCACGGAAGUGAAUCCUUUAACAUGUAGCAUUUCCGUACUAUUUUGUUUUAAAAGUAGUUGUAAUCCUUAUGACAGUACUUCUCAGGUAUUGUUUGUAGUAAAAAUCUCUAAAUCAAUUAUUUCACGUUGAUGAACUAUAACUUUAGCAUUUGCAAUUAGGUUGUGUUGUAAAAUAUAUUUUUCAUAGACGAAUCAUUUCAUAAUUCAUCGGAGUCUGUCAAGUCUAAGUUAAUAGUUAUUUUCAAGAGUAGAAAUUAGUUACCAUCCAAAGGAAAGUAUGUUUAGUAUAAUUUUUCAAUAUAAUCGUCGUUUUUAGCGUAAGUUGUCCACUAUUUGUCAUUUUAGUAGUAAAAUCUCUUUCGGGAGAUUCAAAUAGUGAUCGCUUUUAAGGCACUUAGCUAUAAAGAUAAAUGUACUAUUCUUUGAAAUAUCGAUGUUUAAAAUAAUCAGAUUUCUUUUUAAAUAUCAAGUUGUAUCGAUGUAUUGUGAACACAUUCGUAUUAAACAUUAAUAUUAAUCAUUCUAUAUCAUACUGUAAUUGCUAUACUACUAGUCUUGUCUCAUACAGAGAAGACUUUUAACAUUGUGUAUUAUUCAUUCGUAAGCAUAUAUUAAGGUAAGGUUUCUAGAAUUCUAUUACUAUGCAGUGUAUUAAUUCUUAUAGUUAACUAAUUGUCUCCAAUGCUGGCAAUUUAAUUUGCUUGAUUUGUCAAAUGUAAAGAACGAUAUCGAAACUAAAACGAGAACCAAACAUCGGUAGCUACAAAACCCAUUCAGACAUAUCGAUUUAUAGUAACUAAUGUUUAUAAUUAAGGGCUAUGUAGAGUUACUCGGUUCUGCCCUCGAAAAGCUAUACUAACAACAUGAAAUACAAAUGAGCAGGUUCAAAACCAAAAUAGGAAGUGUCUUGUCAAGCGAUUUAGAUCGUCAGCUGUCUAAUAUAUUCUCUCCCAUCCUGGUUAUGCCUUUGAAAGUGAGCCGAAAUAUUUAGCGGGUGUAAUGUAAGAGAAGGACACUCGAAUAAUUUCACGUUCCGCCUAAAUGUCAUGCCCCAUUCAUCUGCGGAGAUAACAUCCAUAGAGAUAUAAGUAGCGAAACGCUUCUCUAUGGACUCCCAACCUCAUCAUUAAUAUUAUUUAAGAAAGUUACUUCACUAGUUCAUAUCCCAGUGUUAAAGAGGGUUUUUCUUAAAUUAACAAUAUGCACGAGCUUAUCAUAUUAUAUUUAGUUCUAUUCAAUAAAUAAGGGUGCCAAAUAUUACUUGACAGACUCUAAACUAAAAGCAUUAAAUUGUAGUUGUUAUCGAAAUAACAGCUUUUAUACAACCUGCAAUGGUACAAAGUGUUAAGAUCGUGCUAACAAUAAAAUAUUUUUGCUUUCCCACAAUAUCAUGAAUUCUAUCAUCGUUCAUUAAAGUGGUCAUGUAUUAUGUGUAUCCUCAUAGAGCAAAAUACCUCAUAUUUUUCUAGAUUAGUUUCAUUGUCACAAACGAAAAAUAUAUAUUUUGAAUGAUUCACCCAUAGUGGAAACCCGCGCACGAAACAGGCUAACCUUUUCCCAAUGUUGUUGGAUUCCGCUUUAGUCUGCUGUCUAGCUAGAUAGAGUUUAAUAAUUAAUCAGUAUUUUACACGUAACGAAUGCAUCUGAUUUCCGCCACCCAGUUACUAGCAAAUAUUUGUAUCGAUCAGUCCAGUCAUUUGACUUUCGGAUUUAGCUGGGGGCUCAUACCGACUGUCAUAAGAAUUCUGAAGAUCAUUGGCUAACGUUCAAAGAACGGUCGCCAAGACAAAAUUGAUAACCGUUGCAAGCAUGGCCUAACCCCGUUAACCGAUCAGCGCAGUCGCGAGUCCCUCAAUCAAUUAUAAUUUAUUAAAUAUUCAUUGUAAUAUUUUAUGGAAAUCAAUUUAUUAGAAAAUAGUAGUCCCGUUUUAGAAUGAAAUCAUAGAUUUAGUAAUAUAAGUUAAACCCUACUUAUUUUAUUACUGUAAAUAUAGAUAAAAUUAUGAAUUGAAAUUACGUAUGAUUCUGAAUGCGCGAUUAGUUAAGGAUAAAGAAAUUGUGAUUUUGCAUUUCAUCUAUACUUCAUAUACCGUACUUAUUAGUUGUGCUCAGUUAUUAGUUAUUUAUGUUAUUUUGUAGUGUACUAUUUAUAUAUAAUUGCAGUUUAUAUCAUACUUUUUUUGUAAAGGGCAGGUUCUCGAAAUUACACAAUAUUAACAGUGUGAUGCUGUAUUGUAUUAUUAUCGUUUAAUGAUAUAAAACGUGCACAAAUCGUCAAAGAUACAUGUAAAAGACCUUAUAUUUAAAAUUACUUAAUUUAACGACAUUACUUAAAUUACUUUAAUGUUACGUCUAACUUAAUUUUAUACUUAACAGUUUCAUAUUUAUCGUCUACAUUUUGUUUGAAAAGUACUUAAUAUAAACACUACACACGUUGUUCUUAAAAUUACAUAAAUUGUGCGUGAUUGAAAUAAGUAGAAUAUUUUAACUAUCGACUGGAUUAAAAUGUACUGUGCAAUUAGACCUACAAACAAUCAGUGCGCAUAAAACAUCCAAUAACGUCAAAUGUAUAUAAAAGGCGUCAACGAGGUACUUAAACAUACGUAAAUUAGACGUAAUACAAUCCCAAAUAAGUUUACCGUAUUUUUUUGUGUUAAGCUAUUAUCGUCCAAUAAUUUCUAUCCAGUGACCCACAAUUGUAACUUUUUAUUUAUCAAACCCAAGUCAUGACAAGGACGUGAUUAUCAGUAAAGAUGAGGAACAUAUUAGAGUCAUACGACAAUUUAUUAAUAAGAACUGUAUUUAACUGUACUGAAAAUAAACCCAGUAAACGCAUGUUACGUGUAAAACUAGCUGUUUCCAAGCAAUUUUAAUUACACUCUGAUUGAUAUGACUCUCAACUCUUUAGAAAUUAAUAUUUAAUAAUAGUCUAUAGUCAAAGUUCCUUUUUCGAAAUGUGUUUCAAAAGGUAUAAUACCAAAGCUGUAGUUGAAAUUGGAAAUGUAGUGAAAAAGGUAUACGUAUAUGAACUCUUUUCAAUACGCCUUUAUUAAUAUCUGUGUCUUUUAAUAUUAUUAAAUGUACUAUGUAAUCAAACAGUAGACAGUAGUCAUAAGUUCACGAACGCUGUAAAAUCCAUUCUACGACUAAUGCGAUAAAAAUACAAUCAGCAUGUAAUAUCUGGUGUUCACAAAAGCAAGACUCGCAAGUAUUAUGUUAUAUUCAUUUUUAUUAUAAUAAAGUGUGUGAAAUGAAUACUGACUCAAUUUAUUUAUGCAAUAUUAGUAAUUUACGUUUGAUUAGUCAGAACAUUCAUUCCUAAUUGUUUAGAACCUAGACGUUUGGUGCUUAUUAUGAUUUAGUCCCUUUGGUUCUUAGAUAACAAAUUGUAUAAAUUUAAUAAAAUGUAUAUAUAAACUGUUAUUCUUACACAGUUUUCUCGAAAUGUUUAUAUUUUUUUGUAAACUUGUUAUUUAUUGAACUGCAUUAUUGUGAUCGUUUUUUAGACUUUACUGUACGUAUGUUUAUAUUCCUCGAAUUUUUGGAACUUGUUGACUGUUUUUGUGUCCAAUUAGUCACGAUAAUGUAGUUCGAUAUAAAUUUUACUAAUUGCGACAUUAGAAUGGAUGUGACCAAAAUAUUGUAAUAAAUAUUAACUUCAAAAUA